UGGCCACCCAGUGGCCCCGUUGCCCCGAUGGAUCCACUGAACCUGUCCUGGUACGAUGAUGAUCUGGAGAGCCAGAACUGGAGCCGGCCCUUCAACGGGUCCGAAGGAAGGACCGGAAAGCCUCACUACAACUACUACGCCACGCUUCUCACCUUGCUCAUCUUCGUCAUCGUCUUCGGCAACGUGCUGGUCUGCAUGGCCGUGUCCCGCGAGAAGGCGCUGCAGACCACCACCAACUACCUGAUCGUCAGCCUCGCCGUGGCCGACCUCCUGGUGGCCACGCUCGUCAUGCCCUGGGUUGUCUACCUGGAGGUGGUGGGCGAGUGGAAAUUCAGCAGGAUUCACUGUGACAUCUUUGUCACUCUGGACGUCAUGAUGUGCACAGCAAGCAUCCUGAACCUAUGUGCCAUCAGCAUCGACAGGUACACAGCCGUGGCCAUGCCCAUGCUCUACAACACCCGCUACAGCUCCAAGCGCCGAGUCACUGUCAUGAUCGCCAUCGUCUGGGUCCUGUCCUUUACCAUCUCCUGCCCACUGCUCUUCGGACUCAACAACACAGACCAGAACGAGUGCAUAAUCGCCAACCCCGCGUUCGUGGUGUACUCCUCCAUCGUCUCCUUCUACGUGCCCUUCAUCGUCACCCUGCUGGUCUACAUCAAGAUCUACAUCGUCCUCCGCAGGCGCCGCAAACGGGUCAACACGAAGCGCAGCAGCCGGGCUUUUAGGGCCAACCUGAAGGCCCCGCUCAAGGGCACCUGCACUCACCCCGAGGAUAUGAAACUCUGCACCGUUAUCAUCAAGUCCAAUGGGAGUUUCCCAGUGAACAGGAGGAGAGUGGAGGCUGCCCGCCGAGCCCAGGAACUAGAGAUGGAGAUGCUGUCCAGCACCAGCCCCCCCGAGAGGACCCGGUACAGCCCCAUACCGCCCAGCCACCACCAGCUGACCCUCCCCGACCCAUCCCACCACGGCCUCCACAGCACGGCCGACAGCCCCGCCAAACCAGAGAAGAAUGGGCAUGCCAAAGACCACCCCAAGAUUGCCAAGAUCUUUGAGAUCCAGUCCAUGCCCAAUGGCAAAACCCGGACCUCUCUCAAGACCAUGAGCCGCAGGAAGCUCUCCCAGCAGAAGGAGAAGAAAGCCACCCAGAUGCUCGCCAUUGUUCUCGGCGUGUUCAUCAUCUGCUGGCUGCCCUUCUUUAUCACCCACAUCCUGAAUAUACACUGUGAUUGCAACAUCCCGCCCGUCCUGUACAGCGCCUUCACGUGGCUGGGCUAUGUCAACAGUGCCGUGAACCCCAUCAUCUACACGACCUUCAACAUUGAGUUCCGCAAGGCCUUCAUGAAGAUCCUGCAUUGCUGA